AAACAACUAUAAAUAAUGAGUAUUUUUUGGCGUCAAAAAUCAACAAUUCCUUUAAAACAAAACAUGGUCAAAUCUAGUGGAUUAGAUAACUAUUUAAACGUGAAUAAAUUUUUUUUAUCCGUUCUUGGACAAUGGCCCUAUCAAUUACAAGCAGAAAGAAUUUUAAUUCGUGUACUUACUCACGGUAUAUGUACAUUUAUUCUAAUUCCAGGCUUAAUAGCUUUCUAUGAUGCAAGACAUGAUAAUGCUAUUUUUGUAGAAUGCAUUCCUCCAUUGUUUGCAGUAUUUCUCAGCAACUGUUAUGCUAUAUUUUUUAGCUUAAACUUGUCGAAGAUAAAAUUUUUAACUGACAGCAUGAAGCGGGACUGGGAUUCAAUUAAAUCUUGCAAAUCGGAGCUGGAAAUUAUAGAGAAAUCUGCCCAACAAGGAAAAUCUAUAACAAUAAUUUUUAUAUAUUACUCUUAUGUGAGCACAACUGUUUACGUGAUAACUCCGCUUCUACCACAGAUACUUGAUGUAAUAUUACCUCUCAAUGAAUCAAGAGAAAGAAAUUAUGUUUUUCAUGUCAACUACGUUUUUAUUGAAAAUGAUAAUUACUAUAAUUUGAUAUACCUACAUUCAAUACUUGCAACACUUAUAACGUUAACAAAUGUAAUUGCAAUUGAUUUUAUCUUUCUUACCACUUGUCAACAUGCUUCUGGAAUAUUUCAAAUAUUAGGUUAUAGACUAUCAAAUAUUUCGGACAAAAAUUAUGUUUCUAAGCCUGGUAGCAUUGAAGAAAGGAACAUUAACAGAAGGAUGGUCAGAUGUAUAGAACUACACAAUGAUAUACUUAAAUUUACGGAUAAUAUUGAGCUCAGCUUUUCUAGUAUGUUUUUUUGCAUCAUUGGUAUUAACAUGCUAAUGAUUAGUUUUCAAGGAGUACAGAUUGCAUUAAACUUAAAUAAUCCACAAAUUGUUAUGAGAUUUGGCGCAUUUUUUAUGGGGCAAAUUAUACAUUUAUACUUCAACUCUAUUGCUGGUCAAAUGAUAAUUGAUGAAAGUUCUAAAGUCAGUCAAUAUUGUUAUGACUCUGAUUGGACUAAUAUGUCAAUUAAAACUCGAAAACUUUUAUUAUUUAUGCUAUUAAGGGCAUCUCAAGAGUGUAAAGUAUCUGCUGGAAAGGUUUACGUAAUUUCCAUGGAGAAUUACAGUUCAGUUAUGAAAACAUCAUUUUCAUACUUAAGUGUAAUAUCUUCGGCACAGUAAAAACUCGAAGGACCAAGUUCAACCCUUACUUUAUUUUUAACAAUUAAUUAAGGGCGGCUACACGAAGAGAAAAAUCAAGUGUUUGUAGUAUGAACAGUUAACCUUAUUUCGUAAAAGAAUGCACAUGCGCAAUAAGCGUAAAAUGUGUGCUGUAUUUGUAUCAAUUUCUACGUUAUCAGCAUAAAAGUUCUACACUGAACGCAUAUAUGGGACGUCAGUAUACUACGAUUGCAAGAGAUCCAUGCUUUUUUAGUAUAUGUUUUAUGCAACUGAGGUGUAAGGACACGCCUCUUAGGCAGGACGUUCAUACAAAAUUACCAUACACGGAAAAACCUUUAAGCAGUCUGCUCACCCGAAACUUAUGCGUCAGCGCCACCACUAAACUUGUUCAUCUGCACUCCCAAACUGGGUGACCAACGUACCCAGUUGUAAUUUUCUAAACUUUUUGGGAAGUUUGUCUAUCGAAAACGG